AUGGCGGUUGAUCCGUCAUACGAAGCCUUAGAUUUACACCAUGUUCGUUACCAGAAGGGCGACGUCCUCGGCUACUUCCUUGCAUGGAUAUCCAUACUCCCUAUAUACGCCUCCGUCAUGCUCUUCUCACACUUGGUCAACCGCCGCGAGAUCCAUUCUUUGUUCAUCUUCAUUGGCCAGCAACUCGCCAUGUUCCUCGCGUUGCUUCUGAAGAACUCAAUCAAACAACAGCGGCCCGAAACCUGCUCCUCCCUCGAUGCUUGCAACACCUACGGCUGGCCCUCGCAACACACCACGCUUACAUUUUUCCUUGCGGCAUACUUGACGCUCUCGGCGUUUAAAAAGAAUAAUAACAGCGAGCAGAGGUGGACGGUGGCGCUAUCUUCCUUGUCUUUAGCUUUCCUUACUAUGUAUUCGCGGGUUUAUUUAGGCUACCAUACUGUUAGUCAGGUGAUCGGCGGAGCUUUUGUGGGCAGUUCUGUCGGUGCAGUCUGGUUUUGGAUGGUGAAUUCUGUGUUUUCCGGCUACUUUCCCGGCAUUGAAGAGAGCUUCACUCGGAGGAUUUUGCAUCUCAAAGACACUUCUCAUAUUCCGAAUGUGUUGAAGUUGGAGUACGAUAACGCAAGAGCUAGCUGGAAAAAUUUGGAGAAAAAUUGCACUUGA